AUGAAUGUCAGCAUACAGCCAUACUUCAGACAGCUAGAUGUCAGCAUACAGCCAUACUUCAGACAGCUAGAUGUCAGCAUACAGCCAUACUUCAGACAGCUAGAUGUCAGCAUACAGCCAUACUUCAGGCAGCUAGAUGUCAGCAUACAGCCAUACUUCAGACAGCUAGAUGUCAGCAUACAGCCAUACUUCAGACAGCUAGAUGUCAGCAUAAAGCCAUACUUCAGACAGCUAGAUGUCAGCAUACAGCCAUACUUCAGACAGCUGGAUGUCAGCAUACAGCCAUACUUCAGACAGCUAGAUGUGAGCAUACAGCCAUACUUCAGACAGCUAGAUGUGAGCAUACAGCCAUACUUCAGACAGCUAGAUGUGAGCAUACAGCCAUACUUCAGACAGCUAGAUGUGAGCAUACAGCCAUACUUCAGACAGCUAGAUGUCAGCAUACAGCCAUACUUCAGACAGCUAGAUGUCAGCAUACAGACAUACUUCAGACAGCUAGAUGUGAGCAUACAGCCAUACUUCAGACAGCUAGAUGUCAGCAUACAGCCAUACUUCAGACAGCUAGAUGUCAGCAUACAGCCAUACUUCAGACAGCUAGAUGUCAGCAUACAGCCAUACUUCAGACAGCUAGAUGUCAGCAUACAGCCAUACUUCAGACAGCUAGAUGUCAGCAUACAGCCAUACUUCAGACUGCUAGAUGUCAGCAUACAGCCAUACUUCAGACAGUUAGAUGUCAGCAUAGAAUAUUUAAAUGAUUGCAUCAAGAAAAACUCUUCAAUCAAAAACUUCCAUCUAGGUCAGCAGCUGAAGUAG